UCCCACUGACGGCAGGUUUGCCUACACCCCUCCCGUCGCCUCUGUCGACAGCAGGUCCUCCUCCAGCCUCUUUAAACUGCUUUCGCCGCCACACUAACGACACUUCAGGUUUUCGGUGAGAAGCUGUGUGUCUUCACAGCCCUCAUUCCCGCCGGUGAGUGUGAGCGAGUGUGUGUCUGAGGAUAUUUUAUUUCGCUGUCGGAGCGUGUGGAGCUAGAACAGAACACAGACGAAAAAGGAGCUGUGUUUGAGGUUCCUUCAGUGGGCGGAUAAAGCGGAGGAGGGCAGCAUCCGGGCCUGGCAGCUCCGGAGAGUCGCCUCGAAAACCACAGAAUCCACCGUUUUCAGGCUUUGCACUGCCCUGCUAUGGAGAAAAUGAAGAGGUUUAAGAAGCGCCUGUCGUUAACACUCCGCUCCAGUCAGACAAUCGACGAGUCCCUGUCUGAACUGGCCGAGCAAAUGACCAUUGAGGAUGGCGGCACUCAGGACAACGAGCCCUUCAUGAGGAACGGCCGCCCCCCCACCUCCCACAGCAUGCACUCCUUCCUGCACCAGUACACUGGCUCCUUCAAGAAGCCCCCCCUCCGUCGGCCACACAGCGUCAUUGGUGGCACCCUGGGGUCCUUCAUGGCUAUGCCACGUAAUGGCAGUCGACUUGAUAUUGUACAUGAGAACUUGAAGAUGGGAUCAGACGGGGAGAGUGACCAGGCAUCGGGAACCUCAUCCGACGAGGUUCAGUCUCCAACCGGUGUCUGUCUGAGGAACCGAGUCCAUCGGCGGAUCUCCAUGGAAGACCUCAACAAGCGUCUGUCGCUGCCAGCUGACAUCCGAAUCCCUGACGGCUACCUGGAGAAGCUGCAGCUCAGCAGUCCUCCCUUUGACCAGCCGCUCAGCCGGCGCUCCCGCCGAGCUUCGCUGUCAGAGAUUGGGUUUGGGAAGUUGGAGACAUAUAUUAAGCUGGACAAACUGGGAGAGGGAACAUACGCCACAGUAUUCAAAGGACGCAGUAAGCUUACGGACAACCUGGUGGCACUGAAGGAGAUCAGGUUGGAGCACGAGGAAGGAGCACCGUGCACCGCCAUCAGAGAAGUGUCGUUACUGAAGGACCUCAAACACGCCAACAUCGUGACGCUCCACGACAUUGUUCACACUGACAAGAGCCUCACGCUCGUAUUUGAGUACUUGGACAAGGAUCUGAAACAGUACAUGGAUGACUGUGGGAACAUAAUGAGCAUGCACAAUGUGAAGAUCUUCUUGUUCCAGAUAUUGCGAGGCCUCUCGUAUUGUCACAAGAGGAAAGUUCUCCACAGGGAUCUGAAGCCUCAGAACCUCCUCAUCAAUGAGAGAGGGGAACUCAAACUGGCUGAUUUUGGUCUGGCGAGAGCCAAGUCUGUCCCAACCAAAACCUACUCCAAUGAGGUGGUGACACUCUGGUACCGACCUCCUGAUGUUCUGCUGGGAUCCUCAGAGUAUUCAACACAGAUCGACAUGUGGGGCGUUGGAUGUAUAUUCUAUGAAAUGGCUGCAGGUCGGCCGCUGUUCCCCGGCUCCACAGUGGAGGACGAGCUCCACCUCAUCUUCAGAUUUUUGGGCACACCCUCAGAGGAGAACUGGCCUGGAAUCUCCUCCAUUGACGAGUUCAAAUCCUAUAACUUCCCCAAAUAUAAACCACAACCGUUAAUCAACCAUGCUCCCAGGCUGGAUGGUGAAGGCAUUGAGCUGCUGCUGGCUUUUCUCAGAUAUGAAUCUAAGAGGAGGAUUUCAGCCGAAGAAGCAAUGAAGCAUCCUCACUUCAGGCAGCUCGGAAUGAGAGUCCACACACUGCACGAGACCGUUUCAAUAUUCACAUUAAAAGAAGUGCAGCUGCAGAAAGACCCUGGCUACAGGAACCCCUCAUACCCAGAGUCAGGUAAUGGCAAGAUCAACAGGAGGCAAAGCAUGCUCUUCUAAAGGUCAACGGAGAGGACGGACGACUGCCCGACUUCAUCAUCAUCCUCAUCAAUCCCCAGCGAUCUCUUGCAUGAGCCCACCUCCUUUCAGAGUGACACCCCUCCAGCUACCUGCACACACACACACACACACACACACACACACACACGCACACACACUCUUGAGCAAGUGACUCUGGGUUGAAUGUGUUUGGAGACUGUGUUUAUUUAUUGGGACGGGGGCUCGGGAUGAGGUUGAUGUUUUUUUGCUGCUAAACUACUACUGUCUUUAUUUAACACACCGUGUGUGUGUGUGUGAGUGAGUGUGAGCGCGCGCACGCCUGUGCAUUUGUGUGUGUGUAUACAUGAUGUGAACUCGAGACGCCAUGCACAGUUGAGCAGUCGGUAAAGUUACGGUUUGUUUUUCUCCUGACUGCUAUUCUCGGGCUUCGUUUGAGUUUCCACUGAUGUUGUUGACGCUGUGACCCAAGUUGUUGUUCUUGUCGUGCAUGGAGACCGCUUCAGUUUCUCCUCCUUUUUUAAUAUAAAUAUGUACAUCUACACACACAUAUAUAUAUUGAGAGGUUAUUUUUUGUUUUUCUUUGAGCUUCCGUGACUGACCUCUACAGCAUUUCCAAGUUGAGACAGACUGAGACAGGAGGAUUCCCUUCUUUCCCCUUGGUCCUGCUGCGUUUAUGUGGAUUCACCAAGGACCAAAAAAAGCAGGACUUUGUUUGGACUGGACUGGGUUUUUCAACUGAAGGUUAAAGAAGCACAGAGUCAAAUCGAAGUGGGUGAAGCUGAAACCAAAUUUGGGUUCUUCUUUUCAAUCAUUCUGGGGAAGACGAACAGAAAGCACAGUUAAAAAGCCGAACAGGGCCGAACAGAGCCGAACAGGAAGUCAUGUAUUCUCCCACAGGAAGCCAGCAAACCUUCUGUAAAUACCCAGACCCAAAACUGCCAGGAUAUCAAUGCUUUCUUUCUUUUUGUUUUUAUGCAAGCUACACUUUCUCGCUCUGUGUGCAUUCGGAGAUUUCUUAACUCUUCGUUUUGACCUUGCACUUCAGUGUGGUGUUUUGGAAUCAGGGACCCGGGCCUCGUCGCGGGCGCGUUUACCCAACAGUAUUAAGACUUGUGCUUUGUAUCUGUGAUUUUGACCUCUCCUUGUGAAACAACAGUGUCAUUGUGGCAUGUUUUUUUUGGAGGCACGGUUGUUGGGGUGGGAUAGCCGGGAUCAGGGUGGUAUGAUAAAAAUCAAAAUGGUUGUUCUCCACUCGGCGUCGGACCACUUUCUCUCUCCAGCUUUUGUACACAAGAUGGAAACAAAAAAAGAUUUCAAAUUGAAAUGUAAGAUUUACCUGCCCUCUGUGUUGUUUGCGACUGACGGUGCUGCUACAGAUGCAGCAUGUUGAGAAGUCUCACUUUGGACUGUGUGUUUACUGAAAUAAAAGGAGCGAGAUCCCCCCCCAGAUCACUCAAACCUCAUUACAGUCGUGUGGUGGGCUUUGCAUUCCGUGGUUAAUUUAGUGGUAUGUACAUUUUUCUGCGACUUUUCAACUCGGUCCAUUUUCUUUGUGCGAAGCAGGCGAUUGGUGAAUUUUCUCCACAGGACUAUUCAACACUAAACGUGUCUUACAUGUGUAACCUAAAGAUGAUAUCUAGCUCUUCAAUAUACAGUUCUAGUGAUUUAUUUUGAAGGGGUAGCAUACAUCUUUCCAGGCAUUCUAUGUAAGUUUUUCAUUUGUGUGUUUGGCAGUCAUUUAUCAAUGUUAAAGCAUUUAUUUUUUUACAAUUAUUGCAAAAAUAAUUCAGUGAAUCUCAUUUUUCAGUAUUGCGCUACAUUGCAUAAUAUAGGAUUUGCUGAGAUUUAACAAACUAUAACGAAAGUGUAUAGAAAAAAUGGUCUGUAAAACCACAACCUUUUUACACUUACAGCAACUACAGACAUAAAUUAGCCUAUGGCUAUAAUCUGGCAUAUUUAUAUGUAGACAUUCAUUUAUGUGCCAUUAAAAUAUCCAUAUUAAAAAAGACGUUUAGUAUUAAUUAGCUUGUUUGUUUUUUUUAAGGCAGAUUUAGAUUUUUUGGUUUCUUAGACUGAAUCAAAGUUGCUGUUUCCUCAUUUCCAUUUAAUGCUAAGCUAACACGUUGUGAGACUAGUUUCACUCUUUAAAUUUGCAGAGCUACAUCACUGAAGAGCCACACAAGGAGAGAUCAUUAUGGAGAAGCCAUAAACCGCUGUAGCAAUGAAAAUCAAUACGCUUCUGCUCUAAAUAUCACCAGCGAUGCAUUGACCAUCACGGGCUGCCUACGUGACAGUGUGAGAAGAUCUGAGGGGGGAUUCUCCUCCUGAUGUUGCAGCUCUCUUCAGUUGAAAUUUCAAAGAUUUUUUCUGAGCAACGACUUUAAAGUUCUCCUUUUGAGUAGAACAUACUGGAAAAGUGCCGGAAGCACAACUGAAGCUCGAUAAAGUCAUUAAUAACUGAGAUCAUCAGUGUGAUGAACAUCUUGGACACAGUUUGCGGUGAAUGGUGUAAUAAUCUCACAUAAAUAUACUGUGGUGUCUUUUCAAUAAUGUUCAGUCUUUGACCUUUUAUUUUUUAUUUUUAAUGCUUAAUAGAUGAGCUUAUACUUAAGCUCAUUACAGUUUGCCACAAAGUAAGUUACAGUCAAUGGUCAUGUUUUCCGAAGAAAGAAAAUAAUAGAAGACAUCCCAUAUUGAAAGGCCUGAUUGUACCACUGUUUUCCACACAUAGCUUUGAAAUGAGGACAUUGCUUACAUUUUUUUCCCCUGUAAUCAAUAGGGCUGGAUAUUGAUUUCAAAUUUUUGAUACUAUUUAUAUCUAUAUUUAUAUUGGGACUGUGAUACUGAUUCCUGAAAAAUACUUUUUUGAUACCAAUUGUAUUAAAAUGACACCACACAUUUUGUUAGAAUUCUUUACUUGCUGGAUCAUCAUGCUGCGUACUCUUUGGCUCACUCACACUGAUUAGAUCAACAAUUUGAUAUCGAGUGACAACACAUUUUUGAUAUUUGGUAAUACAGAGGAAAUUCAACACCCAGUCCAUACCACAAACGUGUUGAAGUCGGAUACGCAGCCCUACACGUAUGGAUGAAAGAUUAUUCCACUAUUAACCUCAAACUGUGUCUCUGUUAAUUGUACUUUUUUUGUACAGCAACAGCAGUAACAUGCAUGAAAGGAGAUUUCUACAAUGGCUAAAUGUUUAUCAUUGUAAAACUGUACUUUUUUCAAAUUGAUGAAUGACCUGGAUUUAUGUGAACAUGUCUGAACGCGAGCGUGUGUGCGAGUGUGUGUGUUUGUACGAGUGUGUGCCUGAUGCAUGGAAGGCCUGCUGUGUUGUGAACACGACCUCUCUGAAACACUGAGCUGCCGAUGAACAGAUGGUGUGUGACUCUUUUUACUGGAACUAUUUAUUUCUCAUAACCAUUGAAAGUAAAUUGAAUCUGUUUCAUAAA